AUGGCCACACAAAAGAAAAAACAGCAGAAACAUGUUAGACAAAUAAAGUUUCAUAAUGACAGUGUGUCUUCAAAUUCCUACAUAUCAAUAGAUUAUAUGGAAAGUGAUGACAUCGAUUACGUCGGAGAUACAGAAGAAGUUUGUUUAAUCAGCAAAAUUAUAGAAAGUAAAGAAUGUUUGUGGGAUAAAACCAAGGAAGUGUCCAAAGAUAAAGUUUUGCGUAGAAAUGCAUGGCGCGAUGUUUGUGCCUUUUUAGAGCCGAACUUGGAGGAUAUGGACCAGAAAAACAAAGACGAAAUUAACAUCGGAAAAUUCAAGUGA